CCCGGGACAGAACGGACACACUGUGACGAUCCCGACACCCCGGGACAGUCGCGACACCCCGAGAGAGACCCGACACGCCGUGACAGUCCCGGCACCGCGUGACAACCGCGACACGACCGCCACACCCCCGACACGCCCCGACCGUCCCGACACACCGAGACACAGUCGCGACACACCGGGGACGAGCCGCGGCCCUCGGCGACAACCCCGCGACAGUCGCGAUGGCAGCCGCCACCUCCGCUCCCCCCCGGCCGGCCCAGGACCCCCCCGCCCCGGGGCCGCUCCUGCCCCGCCGCCCCCGCCUCCCCCACCCCGGGGGGGUUCCCGUGGCCCCCCAAACCGUCCCGUUCCCCCCCGAACCCCCCCCCGGGGGCGCCGCCCCCCCCCCAGCCCCGCGGGCGGUACCGGCGGAGGGCCCAGAGCUCCUCGGUGGACGAGACGCUUUUUGGGGGGCUCGGAGGGGGGGGUUGCGAUGACGCCUCGGUUCCCCCCUCGCUGCUGCGGCGCUGGGGGUCGGGGGGACCCUCCGUGAUGCUGCGGGAGAGGCCAAAAUCUCCCUCCGACGCUGCUGCCGUCGGGUACAAACCCAAAACCACCCGGCUCUACAGCAAGGACCUGAUCCGGGACUUGGUCAUUCCCCAGGAGAAGCCCCCGGGCUCCCUGAUCCUGGGCAGGAAGGAUUUGGAGCUGCUGAAGGACGAGGCCGAAGGACGGAAUUGGGAGGAGCGCAGGGACAGGGGCACAGCUCUGCAGGCCAAGCAGGACGCUGCCAUCGUGGGCAUCUCUCCCCCCGGGGCUGGGGGGCACAGGGGGCACUUUGGG